GGAAAUAGUUUGUGAUGUUUGGAAGUCAUAAGUACCUAGGGUGAAGAAGAAUGGUCAUUUUGCACACUGACCACUUUGCUGUAGGAUACUGCUGGGAGGUUGGAUUUUGGUUUGUUCCUGAAGAAUGGAGUAAGCCUGUGACAUUUCAUCCUAAUCUGAUUUCUAACAGAAAUAGGAAUGUGACUGUAUUAAUUGUUUUCAAAGAGAGCAGAAAUGCAGUUGCUUUGGGUAUAUCUUUUAAAGAAGAGGCUUCAUGCCUUUAACCUAGCUAUAACUAUUUUCCCUCUGUUUUGAUUUCCCAAUAAUCCAUGAUUUAACUUAGCAGAGCGAUUCAAGCAAAACAUCUUAAUAGACAGGUCGCUAUAUCUUGUUCAUAAUUUAUUAUGAAGUUUAUCAUCCUUGUUCCAUAUCGCCACGCCAGAUUUCUAGAAAAAAGGAAUUGUUUAAAAUGACCAUUGGCUUACUGGAGGAAACCUGCACCACCCUGAGCUUGAGAGCAAACAUUCAUUUGUUACAUGAAUGGUCCAGAUGUUGGAGUGUUACUUAUUUGAUGGUUCUUACUGAUGUGCUUGGACUGAUAAGGAUGUUUGAUUUGGACUGAGGACAGGACUACACUGUGUCAAAGUAUGAGCUUUCCAUCAGAGAAGAAUUCUCUCUGAGAUAGUGGGAAGUUUGGAACGAUGAGUGUGAAGAAUGCGAGACCUAACAGCUCAGGUAACGAGCAGUCUGCUGCAGUUUCCAGAGGUGACUGUUGAGGCGCUUGGGGAAGAUGAGAUCACCCUAGAUUCUGGACUGUGUGGGAAGUUUUCUGGAGGCAGAAGUGGCCUGGCGUGGCUGGCGUGUGGUCCUCAGCUGGAGGUCGUGAACUCUGUGACAGGGGAGCGGCUCUCUGCGUAUCGUUUCAGCGGAGUCAAUGAGCAGCCUCCCACUGUUCGCGUGGUGAAGGAGUUUUCAUGGCAGAAGAGAACUGGACUCCUGGUUGGGUUGGAAGAAGCCGAGGGAAGUGUUCUGUGUCUGUACGACCUUGGAAUCUCCCGAGUGGUUAAAGCAGUUGUUCUUCCAGGCCGGGUAACUGCAAUAGAACCCAUAAGCAAUGAUGGAGGAGCCAGUGUGAGCACUCGGCACCUACACCAGAGUCUGCGAUGGCUUUUUGGAGUGGCAGCAGUGGCUACAGAUGUUGGUCAUGUACUUCUGGUUGACCUUUGUUUGGAUGAUUUAUCUUGCAGUCAGAAUGAAGUAGAAGCAUCAGAUCUAGAAGUUGUCACUAGAAUUCCUGCUGAAGUUCCACAAAGAAGAGAAGCUGUGACCAGAGAAGGGAGGCAUCUCUGUUUUCAGUUACGAAGUCCUUCAGGAGUAGCAGUGUCAACCCUGAGCUACAUAAGCAGAAGCAAUCAGCUCGUUGUGGGUUUUUCUGAUGGCUACCUGUCAUUAUGGAACAUGAAAACGUUGAAGAGGGAGCACUACUCUCAGCUUGAAGGAGGAAGAAUUCCUAUCUAUGCCGUUACUUUUCAAGAGCCUGAGAAUGAUCCUCGCAAUUGUUGCUACUUGUGGGCAGUUCAAUCUACACAGCAGAGUGAAGGUGAUGUUGUGAGUUUACAUCUGUUGCAGUUAGCAUUUGGUGACAGGAAACGUCUGGCAUCUGGACAAGUCUUGUAUGAGGGUUUGGAGUACUGUGAUGAAAGGUACAGUUUAGAUCUCACUGGUGGGAUCUUUCCCUUGAGAGGGCAGACCAGCAAUACUAAAUUACUCAGCUGUCAGACCAUAGAAAAAUUUCGCAACCAUGUUGACAGAGAGGACAGCGUUAAUGAAGUAAUCUCUCCUGACACCAGUGUAUCAAUCUUCAGUUGGCAAGUGAAUACAUAUGGUCAGGGAAAACCGUCUACUUAUUUGGGUGUAUUUGACAUCAAUCGCUGGUAUCAUGCUCAAAUGCCAGACUCACUGAGGCCAGAAGAAUUCCUUCAUGAUUGCCCCUAUUUUGCAUUGUGGUCACUGGAUGCUGUAAUAAGCAUGACUUCUCCAAACCUCAUUUUGGAUAUUCUGGUACACGAGCGGAGUUUAAGUCGGGGAGUUCCUCCUUCUUACCCACCACCUGAGCAGUUUUUUAAUCCGAGCACCUAUAACUUUGAUGUUACGUGCUUGCUGAACUCAGGAGUCGUUCACAUGACUUGCACUGGCUUUCAGAAAGAGACCUUGAAGUUCUUGAAGAAAUCUGGUCCUUUAAUAAGUGAAGCCAUUCAUGACAGCUACACUAGGUGUCUUGUAGCUGGCUUGCUGUCUCCAAGACUGGUUGAUGUCCAACCAUCCAGUUUGAGUCAGGUGAGUGAGGAGCAGUUGGAAGCAGUAUUGUCAGCUGCUGUCCAGACAGGUUCUUUAGAACUUCUGACUGGAUGCAUUAAACACUGGACUUGUGAAGAGCAGCCAAGUUCUGCUGUUAAUUUACGGUUUGUUCUUGAGUGGACGUGGAACAAAGUAAUCUGUACAAAAGAUGAACUGGACCAAAUAUGUGUUCCGCUGUUUGACGGCUCCUGCAACUUCAUUGACCCACAGACAUUACAGUCCCUUCAGCACUGCCAGUUGCUCUUGAGCAGCCUUAGUACAGUCUUAAACUGUUUUCUAACAGAAGCACGAGAGCUUACUGAGAAAGGUUUUACAGACUUGACAAAUAAGCAGCUGGUAACUAGCCUCAUUUCUUUGUAUGCACAAGUGGUCAUCUGGUUCUGUCGAUCCAGUCUCCUUCCUGAGGGUUUAGAUGAUCAUAUGCAUUUGUCUAGACCUUUCUACAAUUAUCCUUUGAUUCAGAGCUACUAUACUGGUCACCGACAGAAACUUGAGCGUUUAUCAAGAGGAAAAUGGGAUUCUGACUGCUUGAUGAUUGAUGGAAUGGUUUCCCAGUUAGGAGACCAAGUUGAGAAGUUGUGGCAGAGAGAUGAAGGAGGAACUGGGAAAUACCCACCUGCUAGUUUACAUGCACUGCUGGAUCUCUAUUUGCUGGAAAGUGUUGAAGAAAGCGACAAACAUGCAAUUACAAUUUACUUGCUGUUGGAUAUCAUGCAUUCCUUUCCAAAUAGAACAGAAACUUCCAUCGACUCCUUUCCAACUGCCUUUGCUAUCCCUUGGGGUCUCGUUAAGCUUAUUCAAGGGUUUUGGCUUCUAGAUCACAAUGAUUAUGAGAAUUCACUGGCCCUGCUCUUCCACCCAGCUACAAUCAAAACUGUGCCGUGGCAACACAGGAGAAUUAUUCAGUCCCUCAUGUGCCAGGGAGAGCACAGGCGAGCCCUCAGGUACAUGCAGAUGAUGAAGCCAUCCAUGUCAAGCAGCAGCGAAGUGCGGCUUUUCCUCACGGUGUUGUUGUCCAAUAGGUGCAUGGUGGAGGCUUGGGGUCUGUUGCAGCAACAUACCACUAAAUUAAAUGUAGAAGAGCUGUUAAAGCACAUGUAUGAAAUCUGUCAGGAGAUGGGGCUAAUGGAAGAUUUACUGAAGCUGCCGUUCACAGACACUGAAAAAGAGUGUCUGGAGAAGUUUUUACAGACCAAUGCUGGUGUUCAGAAUCAUGAAUUCCUUCUAGUCCACCAUCUGCAGCGUGCCAACUAUAUCCCUGCACUACAGCUGAAUCAGUCAAUGAAGGUUAACCCUAUGAAUGAUCGUGAUCCUCGCUUGAGAGAGAGAGCAGUUGCCAGAAAUUCUCUGUUAGACCAAUAUGGCAAGAUCCUUCCUAGAGUUCAAAGGAAGCUGGCUGUAGAGAGAGCCAAGCCUUACCGUUUGCCUUCAUCAGUCUUAAGAGAAGUGUCAAGGCCAAAACCAUUAUCAACAGUAACACGACAGGCUAAUGCAGGAAAUGUUCACACACGAGCAACUUUCAUCAGUAAAGUACUGUCCAAAAUUGGAGAAGUAUGGUUAGGAAAUGAACAAAAAACAAACAUUUCACAAUAUCAUAGUCCUAGAGCUACAGAACCAGCAGUCAUUGCACAUCCUCUCCCUGGUACAGAGUUGCCCGAUGCAUUUCUUGGGACACCUGUUACAAAGUUUUCUCAAAAAUGUUCCAGAUUGCUGGAUUUGGUGGUUCGUCCUGUUCCUUCCUGUUCUGCGGCACAGGGUGAAAGCUGGCAGACACCGUGCAGAGCUUCUACUUCUUUUGUGGUAUCCAGCCCACUGCAAUCAAGUACACAUCACUCCAUCUCUCAAAAGAAUUUUCCAAGAGGAUCAGAGCUGAAUUUACUGGAGACUCCUCUUGUGGUAAAGAGAGCUAAAGUUUUGGCCACAUCUUCUUCUGGGUUUCCUGGGUUUACUCCUCAGUCUAUUCUCAGGUCCAGCCUUCGCACUACACCCCUAGCAACUCCUUCUGCAUCUCCAGGACGAUCAGUUACUCCUCCACUACGAGCAAAGGAACCUAGAAUAACUUUCAGGGAAGAGAAUUCUAAUGCAAAAUGGACUGUUGGGGUAACAGAAGAUGAUAAAGCACUAUUUGGAGCUUCAUCUGAGCAUCAUGAUGACACGGUAGAGGAUGCUUGGUCUGAAAGUAGAGGUAAAACAACUCUGUUUACUCUGAGCAAUGCAGGGGACAAUCAUGCUGAAUUGCAGGAGUCUUCAGAAAACAUAUCUGGAGGUAAUUUGGAAAAAAUGGAUGUCAGCAAAGAAAAUAGUAACUUCUCUGUCAGAUCAGACCAAACUACUUUGGAGUAUCAUGAUGCAAAAUCACCUGGUGAUUUUGAAGAUGAUGUCAUCUUUAUAGCUGCUAAACCAGCUAAUUCCUCCACUGAAGAAACUGCUGAUGUUCAGGAAUUGGAGAAGGAAGGAGACAGUGAAAUGAUUGAAGAUAAACCUUUCCAGAUGGAUCAACCAGAUCCUGCGGAACCAAGAAAAGAAGCUGGAUUUGUGGAAGAAUCAAAUACUGAAUGUCUUACACUUCCCGAGGAUGAUAAAUUGAUGUUUAAAGCUGCUGAGGCCACUACUUUUGGGACUACAAAUGAAGGUGAAAGAAACUACCAGGAGUCUGAAAUGACCUCUUCAUCAGAAGAAAAAGCCGUAGCAGUUGCAGCAAAUCCACAGCUCUCUGAGUUCCCGGAGACAGACAGUGAAUCUGUGAUAAGUAUCCUUGGCAGUGAGGAUGUGGUCAGUAUGCAUUCAGAAAAUCGCCUUGAGGGGAAGUGUGUGGAUUUACCUGAAGAAUGUAACCUUGAAACAGCUGAAGUUGAAAAAGUCCCUGUUUCUAAUAGUCUUCCUAAAACUGAGGAAAUUCAUGUUAUUGAAGAUACUUCAGAACCACCACCUGAAACAUCACCAUAUAGUGAACUAGAUCCAUCGGGCAGUCUUCAUUAUAGCUAUGAAAAUAUAGAGCAACAGUUUGCAUGUGAUUUACCUGAUAAUAAAGAUAGUGAAUGUGAUGCAGCUGAGGGAGAUGGAGACCUUUUUCUGUCUCAGAGUAGUUUUAGCUUAGUUUUGGAAGGAGAAGAAGGUGAAGCAGAGAUGGGAGACCCUACAUUAGUAGAUGCUUGUAAACCAGAAGGCACAACAAUGGAGGAAAAACCUGUGACCAAUUUAGGAAAUACUGAAAGCCAAGAACAUGUUACAAACUCAGUGUCCACUGUAACUGGUGAUCAGGAAUCUCAAAAUACUGCAGAGUCAUUCCCAUAUGUGCCUGAACCCAUUAAGGUUGCUAUUGCUGAGAACUUACUGGAUGUAAUCAAAGACACAAGAAGUAAAGAAUUUACAUCUGAAGUUGUAGAACAAUCUAUUCAUGAAACUAUAGGUAAAAAGGUAACUAGAUUCCAGAAGGCAAAAGCUUUCUUAACACCUGUGCCAGAAAGAGUGGAAGAGGAAAGCAGCAGACAUCAAGUAGAGUAUGCCAUUGCUCCAAGAACACGCACAAGGGGACAACUGAGUAGAAGUUUAAAUAUUCUGUCAGCAGACCCUCAGCAACUACUGAAGACAGGCACACCAGUUCCAUUUGGACUGUCUCCUCGGAGAAGUACCAGGCGAACAAAAGAAGCAUCUGAGACUUCCAGUCUUCAAGCAGAGGAAGCUCUUCAAGAGGAGCAAAUACCUGCAGUGCCUGUGACUCCUAGGAGAGGUAGGAAACCUAAACUGACUCAUUUAGAAAAAACAGAAAGCAGCCAUUCUGAUGGACAAACCUCAUCUGACACUAUGCAGUCCAUAGCUGUUACUCCAAGAAGAAGAUUAAGAAGAGCAAAGGAAGCUGCAUCUGAACUCUCAGAAGAGGCUAAUGAGGAAAUGUCUCUUGCUGAAGGUAGCAUUAUUACCUCUUCUACUUCCAAAAGGAUUAGAGGAGGAAAAGGUUCAGCUGGAGGUCAAAAAACUGGUGAGACUGACCCUGAUCGUAAGAUAAAACCAGCUGUCAGUCCCAGUAGAAGUGCAAGAAAACUGAAAAGCUUUAAUUCACAGUUAACUGAAAAUACUGUUCAGGAUCAAGAGGUGCAGCCUAGUGACCAACUCCUUUUACGUGUGCCAACUAAAAGAGGCAGAAGAAGAAAGAUGAGUUCUUCAGACGUUUCAGAAAAUUCUGAUCUUGAUCUGUCUAAAUCAUCGCUUCCUCAGACAGAAUUUAAACUUCCUGCCACUCCUAGAAGAAGUGCUAGGAAGGGGGCACAAAAUCUUAUGGCAGACACAGAGUCUACCUCUACUCAGGAAGACAUAAAUUCAGGUGGGAAAGUAGAAAUCCUUGGUACUCCUAGGAAAAGAACUAGAAGAGUGCCACAUGAGAAACCAGAAAAAACGGAUACUCAUGAGCAAACACCUGCACAGCCAAGCGAGGAGCCAGCCACACCCAGGACUACAGUAAGGACAGGGCGUCGGGGCAGAAAGAGGCGAUCAGUGUCGGAGGAGGCCCUUCCACAGGGACCUGAUGGCAGUCCUUUGCUGCUUGAAGACAUAAACCCGUCAGGACAUGAUCAGACACUGAGAACUCUAACAGAUCGUGUUACAAGAACCAGAUCCCGCAAAACUGCCGUGCAUCAGAAACUGACUGUUGAGGAAAAUGAGUCUUUUCAUUUCUCUCCUCCUCUCACAAAGCUGACAAAGAAAUUUGAAGCUGGAAAAGCAGACCAUCCUGUGCAGUUUAAGGAUUUAGACCCGGAUUUGUCUUCUCAGUUUGUCUUUUCACCCCCUCUUUUGAGGUCAAGAAGAAAAGAUAUAUCUAGCAUUUCCCGAAUUGUGAAAGAACCAGAGCUUCCAACUAAAGAGGAAGAGGAUACCAAAUCCAUAGAAUCUGGGGGAAAGCAAAAAUUGAAGAGAGCUAGAACUACAAAAUCAAAAAUUAAGAAAGGAAGCAAAACCACAAAAGAACGUUCUUGGUCACCUCCACCUGUGGAAGUAAAAUUCAUCUCUCCUUUUGCAAGUCCAGUAGAUGGAACAAAAAGCAAACAGAAAGAAACCACAGAUGCAGCAGGGAAGACUCUAAGAAAGAACAAAAAAAGACUGUCUAAUUUUCCAAAGCCAGUUUUGCGCCGGAAGAUGCUGUAACUGUUUUUUUAAAGUUUAUAAUGUACACCACUGUUUGUAAAGUCAUCAAAAUUGUGUGAAUUAGUAAAAAGAAGAAAAAUCAUCUAAUUUGGAAGAGAUAAUUUAUAUAAAUUAUUGUAAAAUUUCAUAAAAAGUGGUCUUCAGUAAGUAACUCCAUAUGGAGUGUGAUUUCCUCAGUCAAUGCAGUUUUCUAUUUUAUAUUAAGACUUCAUACAUUUAUAUAAUAUGUAAAUACAACUUAUUUUAGGAAUGUUAAAUAAAAAUGUAUACUUCACAAUGUGCUUACUGUCUGAUAGCUUUUUGAGGGAAUAUUGGGUUGAAUGACCUGUAUUGCUCAGAACUUUUAAUGUUGGUUUGUGGGAGUUACAGACCCUCAAAAGUAAUUCCAAAAGCUUUUGAAAGGUUUGUUUAGAAUUCCUAUAACAAGUAAACAUUUUAAACAUACUAGUUUAAAUUUUAGAAAUUAUGUUUGACCUUCAGGUACAAAUAAUUGGGCUCGCAAUACAAACUGGUAAUUCCUUAUGUUCACGGUUAAGUUGUACUGUACUGAAGUCAGAAUGUAAACAAUUGUGUUUUAAACUGUGCAAUAUUUUUUUGUAUUUGUCUUAAACUUUGGGAGAGCUGCUCUUUAGUUCAUAAAACUAGAUCUCACCUCAGAUGUUUUGCUGUUUCUUACAGUUUGUUGUCAGCAAAAAAUUAACUGUAUAGAUGGUGUGAUGCUUACAAUAGCAUAUCAAAUUUGAAGGGAUACUACCCACAUACUUUGAAAUUUGAGCCAAAAUUAUUUUCAUAAUGUUAAUAUGAAUGCUACUAUAAUUGAAAUACUUACUGUCUGUAAACAUAUUUUGCAGUAUUUGAGGCCUGCAUAUCACAGCACUGAAAACUUGAUGGUAAAGCUAAUAUAAUAGUCUGAAAAAGGUACAAAAAUGUACAGAAAUCUUAGUUACAAACCAUAUUUUUGAAUAAUUAUUUCAUUAACAGUCUUUGGUUAAGGAGUAAAUGUCCCUAUAAAGCUUCAAUUUGUAUAAAUAAAGUCACAAACCUAUUCUUUUAAAAGCAGACAUGGAAGUACACUAUUUUGAUGUGCAGUCUUUUAGACAAUGGAUUAUUUUUCUGUAUGUUAAUUUAUAUAUGGAUGCAACUUUGAAGACUACAGAAUGGUGGAACCUGAUAUUAAACUUUUCAAUUAGUAAAAACUACUACAGUUACUCUAAGACAUAAUUUAUUUAUUAACUAAUAGCUUGUACAUAGUGAAUGAAUGUAUUAAUAAUAGACUAAGCUUGUAAAAGAAGAUUGUUCUGGGGCCAUGAUUUUUCUAUCAGAACAGGUCAUUCUAGAGAAUGACCUACAUGCACUUGAGUAUUUUUCUCCUUGGAGGAAUAUUCAUAACUGAAUGAAAACUUUAAAAAAUGUCAGAUGUUUCAAGUGUGAAAGUGGCAGUUUGGAUGAGACCUUUCAGUCAGGUUAGUAAUUAUUUUCUGAGUAUUCUGUACUUGAAUGACAGUAUAAAUAUGGUCAGAGGAGAAGAGAGGGAAGUUCUAGCAAUAUUUUUUUUUAAUCUACAUUGUACAGAAAUGCAGUGAAUAGCUCAGAAAAUAAGGUAAAAAGUCAAACUUUCAAAACUGAAAGAGAAUAUAGAUUGCAAAUCAGAUUAUGUUUUGUGUAGUACACAAGAGUAUUUAUAAAAUACUCCAGUUCCUGUUAAAUGGAAUUUUCUGAUAUAAUCCUAGUGAAGAUUACUUAAUAGGGUUUUAACAUGUUUCUGUCAUAUAUACUUACAUAUAUGUAUAUUUUUUGUAUAAAAUCAAUUAGAACAGAUGAAAACAUAAUAUUAGCUAAAUAAUGUUUAACCUCUUUCUUUGCAUCAGCUAAAUUCUCAUUUGGCUGUACUUAGGAAGAAAGUAAGCAAUAGCAAUAAAAAGACAAGUGGCAUUAGGUUUAAUAACUUCCUAAAGGUUUGUAAUUUUCUAGUAAUUUUUUAGUUUGAAGGAAUGUUAACUCAAUUAUAUGUUAAAAUGUUUUACUCCUUUUUUCCCCCUUUUUUUUUUGUUAAUUUGGAUUCAAUGCGUUGUUCUCCAGUGCUCACCACUUUCCCCAAGGAGCAGUUUAAAAAGGAGUGUGAGCAUAAUGUGUAACAAGGAAUGAGAGUUCAGAAAUUUGAAGGACAUAGGAGGAAAUGGAAGCAAAAACAGACACUGAAUUUCUAGUAUGAGCCUGAGAAAGGGAAAAGCUAGCUAACAGUGUUAAGAUGGCAACUCAAGGAUGGGUUUCUAAUGAAGUGGAGAAAACAGAUUUUAUGUGAGUGCUUUUUGUGUAGGCUUGCUACAAGUAUGUAUAGGGUGAGUGGAAAAGAUGAUUUGCAGAUGUUUGCAUGUGUCUCUGAGAGGAAGAUAAUAUUCAUAGUGCCAGAGAAGGGUGUGAGGGGCCUGUGAAAGGAAGAGGUGAUGCACUGUGGCGGAUGCAUGCAGAGGGGCAUAGAGUGGCAGUUUUCUUGCAAACUGAGGAUUUCACAGUAGCUACUCAAGACAGCUCAUCACUAAAUAGAGCAUUGUUUUCUAUAGGCAAGUAAUUGCUUGAAGGGUGUGUAUUUUUCUUCGCUAAAGAAAUGCUAGAAUUCCUCAAGAGUGUUUUGAUGCAUCUCCUUUGAUCUAAUGUCAGAUGGCUAAAAGCUGAAGCCAAAUUGUGCAUCUGUUCCUUUGGGGCUGUAAGAUGAGAAAAUUCCAAUGGAACGUUGACGGCCUUGGGAUAGCAGAAUCCCACCUCUCAGAAAGAAUAAAAUUAGGUGUAAUGGCAGAUUUUAUUUCCAGGAAACACACAGCAGGAGGUAUUAGUGAAGGGAGAAUGAAAAAGAUUAAGGGCUGUUGUUAGAAGGUAUUCUAUCAAGAGAAGAAAUGUUUCAGUGGAAAUGGUUGCCUGCAUUACCUCAGAGAGUUAAACACAAAUAUUCCUAAGACCUUUUUUCUUCAAAUAUUUAGAAGUUAAGGCUGAUGAAAGUAGUCUUUCCAGGUUAUAACACAAAGGAGAGUUAAAGUGAAUCUGUUUUACUUUUGAUAGCUACUUGGUGCAUAAAGUGCUAAUUGAUUCACGUUGGCUUCGCUUAUUAGCCUUAAUAUUUGUACAUGCCCAAUGUGCAAACAAGGGCACAGAUAACUAAUGUAAUCUCCUAUCAGAACUUCCUCUCAUGGAAGACUACUCUCAGGGUUGUUAGCACAAUAUUUUUUUUAUUUGCUGCAAUUUUGUCACUUCCCAUGUGAUUACUUCCCAUGUAAAUAAUCAUAAAUAGCUGAUAGUUGUUGAUUUCUGGUGGGAAAAGAGAAGCUACAGGCAGAAACCAUUCCACAGGUUCUCUUGAAUAGUUAAGCAAUGCUUGUAACUGAUUAGUUUAGACCAAUCUGAAAAUUCUAAAAUGACAGAGUUUUAGGUAAUAGGGUAGCAUUUAUUUCUUCUUUUGUUUGUACUUUUGUCUUCUGUGCAAAACUUCUGGGUUACCAUUCUAGGAAUGCUUUUUUCAUCGAAGUAGUCAAGAUAAUGAGUCUGUUUGAUAUGCUUGGAGAUAAAUGUACUGUGGUUCCUUUUGAAUUAAAGCUAUCCUAAAAUAAAAUGCA